GAGGCAGACAGCCAACAACUAGCUACAUGUACCGUACCAUCAACACUAGUCUAUAGCAGAAUUUUUUUGACAAACUGAGUUUUACGUUUCAAAAGAUGAUUUGUGGCCCCGGCACGUUCUUCAGAGGUGUUUGUGGUGGGAGUUGCUGGAGCUGUCUGUCUGUCAAUCUACCGUACGGCCCUUCCGUGGAGGUGGGAGAGUCAGACGAGCUUCACCUCAAAAUACCAAGGAACUUCAAAUGGGUUAGCAUCAAACAUAAGGCGGCAUUGGAUGCAGCUAAUCGAGGAAAACCCGAGUUGCGCAUGAUGGAGUGGGACAAGGAGUCUCUGUUGCCUAUGUAUAGCCAUGUGGGUACCUUCUCGUCGACGUUUGGAAAUUUCUUCAUCCAAAGUUUCAAUCCCCAACAUUGGUACGGCGCCCUUACUGCACUGCACUUGGAUGCACCGCAAAUGCUCAAAAUUUGAAAAUGGGUGGCCAUUCAUGUUCCUCAAGUCUCAAGACCCAAGAGGUGCAUUUGUCGUUGAGGAAGCUUCCUCAAACCAAAACCUGAAAGAUGAAACAUUGCUUCGAAAAUUGGUUUGAUUUGACAACCCGCGUCUCCGAUUGCCAUUGACUAUACUUGGAGUUGGACGACGAGACUGUAAGGCUUCACAAAAAGGGUGUCAGCAAUGCAGAACGUCAAUAAACUAUCCUUGGGAACAGCCACAGGCAACCGACAACAGCAAGAAAACAACUUCAGGGCCGUAACCAACCCUAUCACACCAAACAUCAGAGCUGGAACGAGGUGGAACUCUACCGGUAGAUCAGUGCCUCUUGCCGUAGCAUCACAGUCGUUCAUCGAAACCAAAGACAAUCAACCCACAACAGGAAGACGCAUGAGUUAUCGUCCCAACGACCAAACACGGCCAUUCCGAAGCAUUCGAGAUGACGAGCGUGACGAGGGACUUGAAAUACCAAUGCCGCCAACCAGGAGGCAAGGCUAUAUCGAAUGGAACAACCAUCCCGGCCGCACCGAUUCGGCCUUUUCCAGUGUCUCCUAUCGAGGGGGCAAUCCCCAGCACAGACUUCCUCGACACCCUGAGCAACUCACGUGGCGUCCUGUCUCUGAUGAAUGGCAGCGUCCUGUCCCUGCAGGAGUCUUGCGCGAUGCUAGGGGUUUCGCAAGGGAAGCUGUACCCGUCAACUUGAGCGCUGCCGCUUCGUGGGCUGGUACACGGGAUGGGGCUACUGCUGUGGUAUUCAGAACACCGAGCUGGUCUCGUGGGGCUUUCCCAUCUGUCGCUGAGAUCAACGAGCACAAUCAGCAGCUAGUGAGGACGGUAUCAACCCGGGGAGCAUCGCAUGAUCUAUACAUUGCCCAACGCGAGGCCCAGGCCAACAUCAACCGAACCGCUCAACGCGAUGCUCAGGCCAGUGUUAGUUUGAACGGAGAAGCUAUACCCCCAGGUCGUCAGAGUGCCCUGCCAGGAGCUCAGGCCCUCCCUCUUGUUCGCAGCAGCGAUCCAGAUCGUCAGAUCCAUCAGCCAUACACGGGUGACCACCACCGAGAAGUUCAGGCUCAACACGGACCUCAGAGAGAAGUUCCGUUGCAGAUUCGAGAGCACCAAGUGAUUCAGGGCCUUCAGCGUCACGGCCUGCAGCAGCGAGAAGUUCAGGGCCAUUCAGUUCGCCACAGCAUCCAGCGCGACAUGCAGACCAUCUCCAUGUCGUCUUCGACAGCAAGUAGUUCCACGUCGGUCACUUGUCGAUCCCCCAGUGACUCCAAGGUUGGCGAGAAGCGUCCGAAUGAGACAGCCGAGUCUUCGAGGCUCUCUCCUUCGUCGCAGACUACAGAAGUGCCGCUCGAUGCCAACAAGCGUUUCAAGUCGACGCCAUCACCGGCAACGACGCAACCGCCCAAGCCACCACCACCACUCCAGGCAGCGAACUUUGACAAGCUCGCCAUGCUUUGCGCUGCAACUUUGGAGAUGGGACCCCUUCAAGAGAACCCCAGUGGGUGCAGCUGUCCCAAGUCACGCUGCAUUGCUCUGUAUUGCGAUUGCUUCAAGGCAGGUCGUCGCUGCAAUCCGCGAACCUGCACUUGUCUCAACUGCAAGAACACGGUCCAGGAGAGUGGCGUCAAUGGAGCACGUACUGUGGCCAUUCGUACCAUUCUGGCUCGUAACCCCCGAGCUUUUACAACGGCGGGAUUGGGCAAUCCUCCCAAGGAGCUGUCUCCUGGUCAACUGGCUUGCAACUGCAUUCGAUCUCGUUGUCUCAAGCUCUAUUGUGGUUGUUUCCAGGCCGGUAAAGCCUGCGACCCGAAAGUGUGUACUUGCAUUAGUUGUCUCAACACGGAAGAGGAUGCUGGCGGGCAGAGACGAGCGGCCAUUCAGCAGUGUCUGGAGAAGCGUCCGAAUGCGUUUCAGGUGAAACCCAAAGAAGCUGGAUUGGGAUGCGCCUGCAAGAACAAUCGAUGUGUCCGCAAGUACUGUGAGUGUUUCCGUAUUGGCAAACAAUGCACCAACCGAUGCGUCUGCCGCGAUUGCGAGAAUCAAGGAGAAUUGGAAGAGACCAUGGAAACGAAACCAAAAGCAAGCUAGCUAGCAGUGCUGAGUUGGAACGAUAUUCCCCAGUACGGUACGAACACAAAAACGAAAGCUGACGCGCUACCAAGGACGGAUCACGACGAAUCGAACCCCAUUAUAUAUAUUCCUGCUGCCAUUUGAUUGCCACUAAAAAACUCUUAUUAGUAAAAGUUGUCGUCAGCGUUUUUGUCAUGUAGCAGUAUUUCAAUUGAUUAUCCAAACAACU